CAUUUGCCUGAAGGUCGAUAGGUGUGUCUCAGGAGGCAGAUUCUGGGUGGAGCCCUGGUCUUGCCUUUGCUUCCCUGGCAGUCUUCUUGGAAUGCGAAUACGGAUCCUGCUGGAGACCUCGCUCUCAGGCUCGGAGCUGGAACCCUGCACCUUCCCUUCCUCUGGGUCCUGCCUCCCGCAGGCCGGAGCUCAAUAGAACUUUGCCAUUCGCUCCGGAGGGAACACAGUGGACGAUGAGGAGAAAAGAAUGAAUGUCAAGGGGAAAGUAGUCCUGACGAUGCUGGUGGUCUCAACUGUGGUUGUCGUGUUUUGGGAGUAUGUCAACAGCCCUGAAGGCCCCUUCUUGUGGAUAUGUCACACCAAAAUUCCAGAGGUUGGUGACAGUGGCCGGCAGAAGAACUGGUGGUUCCCAAGCUGGCUUAGCAACAGGUCCCACGGUUACCGAGAAGAGGACGUAGGAAGAGGCAGAGAAAAGAAACAAAAUGGAGACAGCAUUGAGGAGCUUCGGCUGUGGGAUUGGUUUAAUCCAAAGAACCGCCCGGAGGUUUUGUCGGUGACUCCGUGGAAGGCGCCCAUAGUGUGGGAAGGCACUUACGACAGAGCCGUGCUGGAAAAGUAUUACGCCAGGCAGAGAAUCACCGUGGGGCUGACGGUUUUUGCUGUGGGAAAGUACAUUGAGCAUUACUUGGAAGAUUUUCUGGAGUCUGCUAACAGGCACUUCAUGGUUGGCCACAGGGUCAUAUUUUACGUCAUGAUGGACGAUACCUCCAGAAUGCCUUUUAUACAGCUGAGUCCUCUGCAUUCCUUACAAGUGUUUGAGAUCAAAUCUGAGAAGAGAUGGCAAGACAUCAGCAUGAUGCGCAUGAAGACCAUCGGGGAGCACAUCCUGGCCCACAUACAGCACGAAGUCGACUUCCUCUUCUGCAUGGACGUGGAUCAGGUCUUUCAAGACAACUUUGGUGUGGAGACUCUGGGUCAGUUGGUAGCUCAGCUCCAGGCCUGGUGGUACAAGGCCGAUCAUGACGAGUUUACUUAUGAGAGGCGGGAGCUGUCGGCGGCGUACAUCCCAUUUGGACAGGGGGAUUUUUAUUACCAUGCAGCCAUUUUUGGAGGAACACCCAUUCGCAUUCUCAACCUCACCCGGGAGUGCUUUGAGGGAAUCCUCCAGGACAAGGAAAACAACAUAGAAGCCGAGUGGCACGAUGAAAGCCACCUCAACAAAUACUUCCUUUUCAACAAGCCCACUAAAGUCCUAUCCCCAGAGUACUGUUGGGACUAUCAGAUAGGCUUGCCAUCAGAGAUUAAAAAUGUCAAAAUUGCUUGGCAGACAAAGGAGUAUAAUUUGGUUAGAAGUAAUGUCUGACUUCAAAUUGUGCUGGUAGAUUUCUAAAUUUGACAGAAUUAUUCUGGCUAAUUCCUCAAAAAAGUAGUAACAGUUAAUUUUUAACUUGAAAAUCAAAACCAAAACCCACCAACAUGGCAAGCACAUACUAUUUCUCCUUACAACUUUGAGCCUUGUAAUAUGUGAAAAAGAGUCUAUGGUAAGUAAUCAGAUGUAAAUUCUCAGUGAUUUCUUAUAUAUUCUGGGUUUGGGGGAAAUACUGUAUAAGAUGAAAUCAAAAUUGAUUUGCCAUAGGUAAAGAAAAAGCCAGAACGUUCUACCUAGUAUGCCAGAUAGCCUAUUGGAGAACAGGGUGCUAAGAGAAAUGUUUGGCAACAAAAUGGGCUAGAUCGGAGUGGGGGCCGCUGUCCCCUUGGUUCAUUGCCUUCCUAGUCGUGGGGAUUCUAAAGCAACACAGAGAGACUUUGCAGAAGAGAACUGCAUAAGGACACCAGCAUGGUCCUCAAAGACUUUUUACAGCUGAUGGCAUCAGGCCAUUGGCAGCCCAGACCCCAUUAAGCUAUUGUCUGGCUUCUGUGCACGAAGAAGGUAGAGAGCGCUGAUGGGUGUCAUGGUGGCACAUGUCCAGAGUCCCAGUAAAUAUGGGGCUGACCACUCAGAGACUGUGCUAUGCUGGAGAGACAUGGCAUGGGGUUGGUGCUUGAAUUGAGGUGCAAAUACAGGCAGCGUUCUUGACAAUGACUAAUAGCAGGAAUGGAAUAGAAAGUGAGUGGGUUGCAUUAUGGAAGGAGAAGACCCGAUUUCCGCCGGAAGACACUCGGUCAUCAUCUGGUCCUAACCACCCACUCUGAACCUCAAGGUUCCUCAGCCCAUCACGUUCCAGUCUGGAGGGCUGACGUGAAGAGAAAGCCCUCCAUCAUGUGACCUUGUUUCCCCUGCUCUGUCUACACUACACAAGUGUGAUAGCCAGACAGAUGUACUGGACAACAUGGGUAACUGACUACAGCAAUAGGAGACCCAGUCACCAUAACUGAGCUGCUAAACGUUCAGUUCCCUUCUCUGAGAGAAGCUUAACGUCUCUAUAAGUGGUUCUCAAGCUGUGGGCCGCGACCCUUACAAUGGUUGCAUAUCAGAUAUUUAUAUUUUGAUUUAUAACAGCAAAAUUUAUAAUUUUGAAGUACCAAUGAAUAAUUUUAUGGU